AUGCAGACAAAUACGGUGGGGAGUUUGUAUCAGCAUAUAAUGUUGCUCAGGGACAGAGCCAAUCUCAUCCCUAAAACUCCUUUAACAUCUGAAUAUGAAUUAAGAAAUCUUGAUAUUCCACAGAGUCAGGAAUGGGUUCAUUAUAUGAUCUGUGAUCCAGAACCUCACAUCUUACUGUUCUGGUAG